AAGUGAGAGUAGGAAGGAAGGAGAGAGAGAGAGAGAGCUUCCUGCUUUUCACCUAUUAUGCCUCCACCCAGUCAUCACGGACCUCCUCCGGUGAGGCAUCAGCAACCUUAUUACCGGAGCUACUCCUCCUCCUCAUCAGCAUCUCUCAAGGGAUGCUGCUGCUGCCUCUUCCUCCUCCUCGCUUUCCUAGCGCUUGUGGUACUCGCGGUGGUGCUGAUCGUGAUACUAGCGGUGAAGCCGAAGAAACCGCAGUUCGAUCUGCAGCAAGUGGCAGUGAUGAACAUGGGAAUCACAUCCCCGGAUAAUCCCAACCCUAGCGUUAUGGAUCCAACCACCGCCUCCCUCUCCUUCACAAUCCGCCUGCUCUUCACCGCCGGUAACCCGAACAAAGUUGGGAUCAGGUACGGCGAGUCCAGCUUCACGGUGAUGUACAAAGGCUUGCCACUGGGGAGAGCGACGGUGCCUGGAUUCUACCAGGACGCGCAUAGCACGAGGAACGUGGAGGCGACCAUUGCUGUAGAUAGAGUGAAUCUUAUGCAAGGCAACGCGGCCGAUCUAGUCAAAGAGGCUUCGUUAAACGACCGAGUCGAGCUCACUGUUAAAGGAGACGUUAGUGCUAAGAUCCGAGUCAUGAACUUCGAUUCCCCAGGCGUUCAGGUUCUUACAUCUUUUUUGUCUCUUUUCUUUUCAGUUCUGUCGGAAAAGGAUUUAGCUUAAGCUCCAUUGUGGAUCUGGCCUAGUGUGAACAAAGUAUCAGUGAAUUGCGGGAUAGGCAUUAGUCCGAGGAAGCAGGCUCUGAUUUACAAGCAAUGUGGCUUUGAUGGCCUCACCGUUUAAUUCCCUAAUCAUAACAUAUUUUCUUUUAAAAUUCUACUGACCACUCCCUAAAAUGUUGUGGAGUUGCGAAAAAGGUUAAACUAGUAAAGAAACGGAACAGGAUCCAUAUCAGAUUUUUUUUUUCUUUCUACAAGCAAUAUUUGAAGUAGCAACAAUGUUUGUUUACCAAAGUCACUAAUCACUUCAGUAGUUUAUAAUUA